GCGUAUUUUUUAUUGAAAGAAAGACGAAGACGACGUGAUAUUUUAUGUGUUGAAAAAACUGCAUUUAAAAACAAGUGGCUUGCUGCAAGGACCACAUAAACAUUUGCCCAGCUAAACGUAUAAAAGUGUAUUGCAUGUAUUUAAUGAGCGCUGCACGGCAACUCUGUGUGCUACCACAAAAAUAUAAUGAGCCAGGCACUCAAUGAAUCGGCGAAUAGUAUUGGCUCAGACGAACACGAUGAACCACGUGAUGAGGCAAACGGCACGGACAACAGUGACAGUGGCAGCGGCAGUGGCUCCUCCGGAUCAGACUCAGAUACGGAUAGUUCCUCGGGAAAUUCCAGCGAUGGACGAAGCUCUCCGGAGCCGGAUGUCAACAAAUCAACAAGUACAUCGGUGGCGGGUUUUCCACCAACAGCAGCUGCUGCACAGGCGGACAGUAAGACAAAUGGCUUCACAGACGAUCAGGAGGAGAGUUCCAGUGGCGGCUCAAGUGGCAGCGACUCCGAUUCGGAGCCGGAGGAAAACAGAGCACGCGGAGACCAGACAGCAACUGGCGGCAAGCUCAGCGCGAACACGAGCACGAGCACCAACAGCAGCAGCAGCAGCUCCACAAAGCCGCCGCAGCAGAACGAAGAGGAGGAGAACGACGAUGACGAUGAAGAGACUGAAACUGUACAGCAACAGCAGGAGCAGGAGCAAGCGGAUGCCUCUGCCGAUGAUGAUGAUGCCAGUGAUAGUUCUGCCAAUGCAUCGCCCACAUCCUCAAGCAGCAGCAGCGAGGAUGAGGAGGAGGACUAUAGACCCAAGCGUACGCGCCAGGCGCGCAAGCCACCAACCGCCGCACCCGACAAAUCGAAGCGAGCGCCGCCACCCAAGAAGAAAAAGAAAACCUGGGACUCGGACGAAAGCGAUGAGAGCGACGACAGCGAUGAUGAGUCCGCCCAUAAGCGCAAGCCGGCGCCAGCCACUACCUCGAGGAGUAAAUCAGUGCCACAGCUGCAGCCACAGCGACGUCGUGUAAAGUCCUUCAGCUCUGAGGACAGCGACGAUGAUGACGCCAGCAAGCGCUGUGCCACACGUCGCACAGGUGCCGCGGUUAGCUACAAGGAGGCGUCUGAAGACGAGGCCACCGACUCGGAGGAUCUGCUGGAGUGCGAAUACGAUGAGACACAGGCGGCAGCAUCCGCCGCAGCUGCCGUGGAAGAUGAGAAAUGUGAGACCAUUGAACGGAUCCUGGCACAGCGCAUGGGCAGAAGGGGCUGCACGGGUAACAAGACGACAAUCUAUGCCAUCGAAGAACCCCAAGCAAAGGCAGAAGAGGUGGAAAAGGUGGCUGAAACGGACGCCGAUGAACAGGAGGAAGAGGAGCAAUUCCUGAUCAAAUGGAAAGGCUGGUCGUAUAUCCACAACACAUGGGAAUCGGAGCGCACGCUGCGCGACAUGAAGGCCAAGGGCAUGAAAAAGUUGGACAACUUCAUCAAGAAGGAACAGGAGCAGGCCUACUGGCGACGCUACGCUGGCCCCGAGGACAUUGACUACUUUGAGUGCCAGAUGGAGCUGCAGCACGAGCUUCUCAAGUCGUACAACAAUGUGGACAGGAUCAUUGCGAAGGGAUCGAAGCCGGAUGUCGGCACCGAUGAGUUCCUUUGCAAGUGGCAAUCGCUGCCGUAUGCCGAGGCCACCUGGGAGGAUGCCACGCUGGUGCUGCGCAAGUGGCAGCGCUGUGCCGAGCAGUUCCACGACAGGGAGUCCUCCAAGUGCACACCCUCGCGUCACUGUCGCGUCCUCAAGUAUCGUCCGAAGUUCUCGCGCAUCAAGAAUCAGCCAGACUACUUGGUAGCGGGCCUGGUGCUCAGGGAUUAUCAAAUGGACGGCCUCAAUUGGCUGUUGCACUCAUGGGCCAAGGAGAACUCUGUCAUACUAGCCGAUGAGAUGGGCCUGGGCAAGACAAUACAGACCAUAUGCUUCCUCUACUCCCUGUUCAAGGUGCACCACCUGUACGGGCCCUUCCUCUGUGUGGUGCCCCUCAGCACGAUGACUGCCUGGCAGCGGGAGUUCGAUCUGUGGGCGCCGGACAUGAAUGUGGUCACCUAUCUGGGCGACAUCAAGUCCCGCGAGAUGAUCCAGCAGUACGAGUGGCAAUUUGAGGGCUCCAAAAGACUGAAAUUUAACUGCAUCCUCACCACCUAUGAGAUUGUACUCAAGGACAAGCAGUUUCUGGGCACACUGCAGUGGGCAGCGCUGCUGGUGGACGAGGCGCAUCGCCUCAAGAACGAUGAUUCCCUGCUGUACAAGUCGCUCAAGGAAUUUGACACAAACCAUCGACUGCUGAUCACGGGCACACCGCUGCAGAACUCCCUCAAGGAGCUGUGGGCUCUGCUGCACUUCAUCAUGCCCGAGAAGUUCGACACGUGGGACAACUUUGAGCUGCAGCACGGCAAUGCCGAGGACAAGGGUUACACGCGACUGCACCAGCAGCUGGAGCCGUACAUCCUGCGGCGUGUGAAGAAGGAUGUGGAGAAGUCACUGCCCGCCAAAGUGGAACAGAUACUGAGGGUGGAGAUGACCUCGUUGCAGAAGCAAUACUACAAAUGGAUUCUCACCAAGAACUUUGAUGCGUUGCGCAAGGGCAAGAAGGGCUCCACCUCCACCUUCCUGAACAUAGUCAUCGAGCUGAAGAAGUGCUGCAAUCAUGCGGCACUGAUCCGGCCCUCGGAGUUUGAGCUGAUGGGCCUGCAGCAGGACGAGGCACUGCAGACGCUGCUCAAGGGUUCCGGCAAGCUGGUGCUGUUGGACAAGCUGCUGUGUCGACUUAAGGAGACGGGUCAUCGGGUGCUCAUAUUCUCACAAAUGGUCCGCAUGCUGGACGUCCUGGCCGACUACCUGCAGAAGCGUCACUUUCCCUUUCAGCGCCUCGAUGGCAGCAUCAAGGGGGAGAUGCGUCGCCAGGCGCUCGAUCAUUUCAAUGCCGAGGGCAGCCAAGACUUUUGCUUUCUCCUAUCCACCAGAGCCGGCGGUCUGGGCAUCAAUCUGGCCACAGCCGACACGGUCAUUAUUUUCGAUUCUGACUGGAAUCCACAGAACGAUCUGCAGGCCCAGGCUCGGGCACAUCGCAUUGGGCAAAAGAAUCAAGUGAAUAUCUAUCGUCUGGUCACGGCCAGAUCUGUCGAGGAGCAAAUUGUGGAGCGGGCCAAGCAGAAGAUGGUCCUGGAUCACCUUGUCAUUCAGCGGAUGGACACCACGGGUCGCACGGUUCUGGAUAAAAGUGGCAACGGUCACUCAUCGAACUCCAAUCCAUUCAACAAGGAUGAUCUCUCUGCCAUACUGAAGUUUGGCGCCGAGGAACUCUUCAAGGACGAGCCGGAGCACGACGAACACGAGCUGGUCUGCGACAUUGAUGAGAUUCUGCGUAGGGCAGAGACCCGCAACGAUGAUCCAGAGAUGCCGGGCGAUGAUCUUCUGUCCGCGUUCAAGGUGGCCAGCAUAGCGACCUUCGAGGAGGAGCCAAGCGAAUCGAACAAACAAGAUACGGACGCUGGGGAUGAUGCGGAGGACGACAGCAAAGACUGGGAUGACAUUAUUCCUGAGGGCUUUCGCAAGGUCAUCGAGGAUCAGGAGAAGGCCAAAGAAAUGGAAGAUCUCUAUCUGCCGCCCAGAAGGAAGACGGCGGCGGCAAAUCAAAACGAAACGAAGCGCGGCGGCGGUAAAGGUGGGCGUGCCAAGCAGGCCGACGACUCUGGCGACUCCGAGUAUGAGCUGGGCUCCGAUGCCAGCGGUGAUGAAGGUCGUCCACGCAAGCGCGGACGUCCGACAAUGAAGGAGAAGAUCACCGGCUUCACCGAUGCCGAGCUGCGUCGCUUCAUACGCAGCUACAAGAAGUUCCCCGCCCCGCUGCACCGCCUGGAGGCGAUUGCGUGCGAUGCCGAGCUGCAGGAGAAGCCACUGGCCGAGCUGAAGAGACUCGGCGAAAUGCUGCACGAUCGGUGCGUCCAGUUCCUGGAGGAGCACAAGGAGGAAGAGCUAAAGACUGUGCCGGACGACACUCCGGGGGCCAAGCAGCGGCGCGCACGUGCCACCUACUCUGUGAAGCUCGGGGGCGUAUCCUUCAAUGCCAAAAAGCUGCUGACCUCCGAGCAAGAGCUGCAGCCCCUCAACGAGAUCAUACCCAGUGCAGCGGCGGAAAGGCAGCAGUGGACAUUCAACAUUAAGACGCGUGCGCCCGUCUUCGAUGUGGAAUGGGGCAACGAAGAGGACACCAAACUACUGUGCGGCAUUUACCAGUACGGCAUCGGUUCGUGGGAGCAGAUGAAGCUGGAUCCCACUCUUAAGCUUACCGACAAGAUUCUGCUGAACGACACGCGCAAGCCGCAGGCCAAACAGCUGCAGACCCGGGCCGAGUACCUGCUCAAGAUCAUCAAGAAGAACGUGGAGCUGACGAAGAAGGGCGGACAGAAGCGCCAGCGUCGGCCCAGAGCUGCGCGAAUCAACGCAGAAUCGAAGGCAGGCAGCAACAACACCGCGUCUGGCGCUACGGCCGAGGGCAAAGCUCUGGCCGAGGCCGAGGAAACAGCCGACGGCGGUCGUGGGGCACUGGAUAAUAGUUCCAGCCAUCUGGAUCCCUCCUAUACAGCUUCCCCGCAUCAGACUGCUGGCUCAGAAGGAGCCGUCACUGCACAGAAGACUAAAAAGUCCAAAACCAGAUCAAAGAAGACGAGCGCUUCGGACAACAAUGGCAACAAGCCGAUGCACUUUACGGCCAAUAAUGAGCCGCGAGCCUUGGAGGUGCUGGGCGAUUUAGAUCCGAGCAUUUUCAACGAAUGCAAGGAGAAAAUGCGUCCAGUGAAGAAGGCCUUGAAGGCAUUGGAUCAGCCCGACUUGAGUCUGUCCGAUCAGGAUCAGAUGCAGCACACGCGGGAUUGCCUGCUGCAGAUCGGCCGUCAGAUCGAUGUGUGUCUGCAGCCGUAUGGCGAUUCGGAGAAGAAGGAAUGGCGCAGCAAUCUGUGGUACUUUGUGUCCAAGUUCACGGAGCUGGAUGCCAAGCAUCUGUUCAAGAUCUACAAGCAUGCGCUCAAGCAGCAGCAUGGUCGGGAGUCGGGUGGCAAGUCGGCCAAGAGCAGAGCUGGCUCCAAGGAGGAUUCGGUGAGUCCCAGCAAGAAUCGACGCAGCAACGGUCUUCCAGCGGAAGCAAAGGACAAAGACAGGGAGAGGGAGCGGGACAAGAGCGGCAAGAAGAAGCGGAAAGAUAAGGAUAAGGAGCGUGCGGGACAGUCGCGUUACUCGGAUGGCGGAACGCCCUCUUCGGGUCGCUUUGCCAACGAUUCGCCGCUGAAGAGAAAGCGAGACGAGAACGAUGUUGAUGGCGGCGGAGGUAGCGUGGCGAUUGUUGGCGCCGGAAUCAGCGACCAACUCAAGUCCAUGUCCUUUAAGCGUCAGAACAUGGAGCGUCACGAGGAGCGUAAGAAGCAUCAUCGCAGCAGCGAAUACUACGGCAGCAGUGGAGCUCCACCGCCGGGUAGCUAUGAAGGCAGCAGUAGCAAUGCACGCCGCGCGGGCCUGAACUCUCCUUCGACGCCGAAUAGCCGCAGUGCUCGAGGCGGUGGUAGCUACGAGACACUGCCUGCUCCAUCGGGCUACACGCCGGACCUGGAGCGUUGGCAUGCCAGAGAACGGUACAGCUUGGAGUAUAAACGCGAUCGCUAUGAAGUUGGCUAUCCACGCAGCGGCGGACCUCCCGGAGGCUACCAUCGGGAUCAUCGCGAGCGUGAACGCGACCGUCGUCCCGACAAGCGAAGAUAUCCGCCACACCUGCCGCCUCAUGCCUACCCGAGCCACUAUCUGCCAACGAACUAUUACAUGCCGAAUGGGAUUGUGCCAGGGAUCGUACCUCCACCGCCAGGAUACCGCAGCGAUCCGCGUGGGUAUCCCAUGAUGCCACGCGAAUAUCCAGCCGACUAUCGACGCAGCGACUACGAGCGACGUACGCAGACGUGAGAAGCGCCAAAGCGUCAUCAACUGUACAUA